AUGGGAGCUUGCAUGUCGCGGCCUCCUCCCAGGAAUUCGAUCUCUCACAGCAGCACGCCCGAGCAAUGGGCGGCGGGCGAGGCGAGGAGGAGCGACAGUGGCAGCGGUGGGAGCGCCAGGAAAUCCAGCAGCAAAUCGGGCUCCAAUUCCACCGCUGCCAAUCCCUCGGCGAUGUCCAUGUCCUUCCUCAAGAAAUACUCCUUCGCCACGGUCAAUCCCGCCUUCGCGGAUUUCGAGAGCGCGCGGCAGCAGCACGGCAGCGAUCCGGAGGAGGAGGAGGCCACAUCUACGCUCCGAUCUCUCGCGCAGCAGUCUUUCGGGGCGUCGUGCCAGCCGGAUCACCAGUGGAGGAGCUCCAAUUCCAUGCUUGGCAGCGAGAGAAGGGUUAGCUUCGAUCAGGGCGAGACAUCCAUGCCGCGAGAGGAAUCAUCGCCAGAUUUCCGCGAUGAUGGAGCGAAUGUGGAAGGGGCGAGCGUCAGGAAUCGCGAUCCAGGGCUCAGGAGUGGCAGGAGCAGGGUGAAAUUCACCGAGGAGAAGCUCGUGAUGAGCUCUUCUUGCAUGCCCAGCUACUCGCUGGGAGUGGCAGGCUUCUGCGGCAUAGAUUCGAGGGUUACAGAUCGAUGCGGUGAAAUCUCCCUUCCAGGAGCGAAAUAUCGUGUUCUUGGGAUGAAUGGGGAUCCACCAGCAGCAAGGUACGAAACGAUUCUUUGGCAGUGUGCUCGAAAGCCAGCAUUUGCCGGAUCUUCCGCGACUGUCGCUCGCAUUCAUGGAUUAAUGGCUUCGACUGGCCAUGACAGGGAAACUCUCCUCGGGAAUUUGCUCGUCCAGGCGUAUGGAAGAUCCGGGUGUGUGGAGAGGGCACUGGCUGCCUUUGACGCGAUACGUGAGAAGAAUCGUUUCUCUUGGACCAUUCUAAUGUCUGUUUACAUGCAGUGGGAUCUCUGGAAAGAGGCGCUGUGGGUGUUUCGAGCAAUGGAUCUGGAAGGUGUGCCGGGCGAUGAGAUCACGCUUCUCAACGCCGUGAGCGCUUGCGCUGCGUUGGGAGAUUCUCUCCAAGGUAAGCAAAUCCAUGCUCGAAUUCUUUCCAGUGGUCUUGGCGCCAGCGUUUUGCUGAGUAACUCCUUGGUUUAUAUGUAUGGGAAGUGUGGGAGCGUCGAGGAGGCAAGGAACGCGUUUGAUCGAAUGCCUGAGCGGGAUCUAAUCUCUUGGAACGCGAUGAUCACUGUCUACGCACAGCAUGAGUGUGGUAAGCAAGCAAUUCAGCUCUACGCAUACUCACGUCUAGAAGGGACGAAACCCGAUGAGGUGACGUUUGCCAGCCUCUUAAAUGCUUGCUUUGCAUCAGGGGAUCUAAAGUUUGGUAGAAUGCUGCACGAACAUUUUCUUGGUACCAGUUUUGUCUCUGACCAGAUUGUUUGCAAUGGUCUUAUCAGCAUGUACAGCGACUGUGGCAGUCUCGACGAUGCAACAGCAGUCUUCGAGUGGAGCUUUCGGCCCGACGUUUGUACCUGGACGACGGUCAUUGCCGCGUAUACACGGCAUGGAAAGCUCGAGUGUGCGUUCGCGACGUGGAGUAAAAUGCACCAGGAAGGCCUGAGAUCGAACGAGAUCACCUUUCUCACGCAGUCUUGGCGAUGCACGGGACGUGUUUGA